CGGGGGGAGAGGGGCAGCAUUUCAAGGGGAAGCAGGCAGCGUCUGGUCUCCCCAGGUGGCAGCUGGGCGCUGGUGCUGGCAGUGCUCAGGGCUCAGUGCUCACAGCCCUUCAGGGAGACAGGGACAGGAGGGGUGCUGUCUCAGCCAGGCCCUCCUUGUGCUGCACUUGGGGCCUCCCGAGAAGCAGUGUUGAGGGGGUUUUUUGGUUUCCCUUCACCUGGCACAAAUCCUUGUCCUUCUACUAAAGAUUCCUGUUUUUUCCUAGCCGUGGGUGACGAGAGCCGUGUUCUCCACAGAGCAGAGAUGCGGCUCCUCCUGUACGUCGCCUGCUGCAUCCACGCGGCACUAAGUUGGGAAGACUUGGUCAGGAGAAGAAGAAAUGUGGACCCCGAGGCAACGAUGAAUAUUAGUGAAAUUAUUACCUUUAGAGGAUACCCCAGUGAGGAAUAUGAUGUAAUGACUGAUGAUGGAUAUAUCUUAAGCAUUAACAGAAUUCCCCAUGGGAGAGGAAAAUAUGGAAGGAAAGAGGGUCCAAAGCCAGUUGUAUUUUUGCAACAUGGUUUGCUUGCAGACGGCAGUAACUGGAUCACAAACUUGGACUACAACAGUCUGGGCUUUAUGCUAGCAGAUGCUGGCUUUGAUGUUUGGUUGGGAAACAGCAGAGGAAACACCUGGUCCAGAAAGCACAAACACUACACAGUGAAUGAAGAUGAAUUCUGGGUUUUCAGUUAUGAUGAAAUGGCAAAAUAUGAUCUUCCAGCCUCUAUAAAUUUUAUUGAGAAGAAAACUGAGCAGAAGAAAAUAUAUUAUGUUGGCCAUUCACAGGGCACAACUAUGGCCUUCAUUGCCUUUUCAACUAUUCCGAGCUUGGCAAAGAAAAUCAAAUUAUUUUUUGCUUUGGCACCUGUAGCCACAGUCAGAUUCUCCAAUAGCCCUCUGGUAAAGCUGGGAAAGUUUCCAGACAUGAUGCUUAAGAUUAUAUUUGGAAAGAAACAAUUCCUGCCCCAAAACUGGAUACUGAAGUGGCUUGCUACCCAUAUUUGUACCCACAAAUUACUUGAUGACCUUUGUGGCAAUAUCUUCUUUCUUCUUUGUGGCUUCAAUGAAAGAAAUUUAAAUAUGAGCCGAGUUGAUGUGUAUUCAGCACACUGCCCUGCAGGGACAUCUGUACAAAACAUUAUUCAUUGGAGCCAGGCUGUGAAAUCUGGUCAACUCCAAGCUUAUGACUGGGGAAGCAGAGCUGCAAAUUGGAUUCACUAUAACCAGACCACACCUCCCUUCUACAAAGUAAAAGCAAUGACUGUGCCAACUGCUGUGUGGACUGGUGGACACGACUGGCUUGCAGACCCAAAGGAUGUGAACGUGUUGCGUACGCAGAUCCCAAACUUGGUUUACUACAAAAAUAUUCCUGAAUGGGAACAUUUGGACUUCAUCUGGGGUCUUGAUGCACCCAAGUGCAUGUAUAAUGAAAUCAUUGCCCUGAUGAAAAAAUUUCUCUGAAUUGUCUGGUAUCUUGGGGAUUAAUCUUUCUAAAUUCCACUUUUGAAAUGUUUAUUUUUAUGGCAAGAGCAAAUAGAUCUUUAUUUAUGAUGCAUUUUUAAAAUGCCUAUAAUUACUACCGAAAUGAAUUAAUAUCUGUUUUUGGCAUA